GCAAUUGUUGGAAAGAACGUGUUGAAUAGUAGGGGGAGGAUAACAUUAAACACUUUCUUCCUUUCUAAUCAAUUAAUCAUCAUCCUCAAGUCUCUUUCCUUUUUCCAAUCAUUCCUCGUUAUCUCCAAAGCUCCGUUAAUCUAAUUAUCACCAAUCUUUAUCAAAUCCAAUGGAUCAAAGGCCUCUAGGAUUGCUAACGAUCCACGUCAAAAGAGGGAUUAAUCUCGCCAUUCGCGACCAUCGAAGCAGCGAUCCUUAUGUUGUUAUCACCGUCGCCGACCAGACAUUGAAGACGCGAGUGGUGAAGAAAAACUGCAAUCCUGUAUGGAAUGAAGAAAUGACCGUUGCUAUCAAAGAUCCCAAUGUCCCUAUCCGCUUGACAGUGUUUGACUGGGACAAGUUCACUGGAGAUGACAAGAUGGGAGAUGCAAACUUAGACAUUCAACCCUACUUAGAGUCUCUCAAAAUGGGAAUGGAGCUUUUGAGGCUCCCUAAUGGAUGCGCUAUCAAAAGGGUUCAGCCCUCCAGGCACAACUGUUUAUCCGACGAAAGCAGCAUCGUGUGGAACAAUGGUAAAAUCACGCAAGACAUGAUCCUUAGGCUAAACAAUGUCGAGUGCGGCGAGAUUGAGGUCAUGCUUGAAUGGCAUGAAGGUGCUGGUUGCAGAGGUAUCACUUCCAAAGGAGUAGGUGGAGGCUCUUCCUCUACCUAAAAUAAUAUGGUUGUUCUUCUUGUCGUAUACCUGUUUGAAUGAAAUUGAUCUAUUGACUAUUGUUGUUGUUGUUUCCAUAUGUCGUAGAAUUUUUGUAUCUCUUUCUUCCAUUUGAAUGUCUUUCGAUUGUGUAUUGCGAUUUUUGUCUUGGGAUCUCUUACAUUUCAGAUGGCCAAAAUUUUCAUG